AUGUUCUCUUCCGGAGCACUACGAGGCGCUGCCGAUAGCGUUCGCAGCGCGACGGCAGCAUCUUCGUCACUAAGAAUCGGAGCUCCUCUCGUCCGAACAUGCGUGCAACAGCAGCCGCGAGGUGUAGCUUCAGGUCGCAUGCUCGAAGGACGGAGAUAUAUCACUGCUUACGGCUAUACACAAGCAAAGGCACUGGUAUACUCAAAUUAUGGAGAGCCCAAGGAUGUUUUGCGUCUUCACAAGCAUUCCAUUUCUCCCCCUCACGGAACGCAAGUCAACCUCCGCCUUCUCGCCGCACCGAUGAACCCCGCGGACGUCAAUCAAAUCCAAGGCGUGUACCCGGCAAAGCCUCCAUUUGAGACGACCCUUGGCACCGGAGAACCCGCCGCUGUAGCUGGAAAUGAAGGUGCCUUUGAAGUCAUUUCGACGGGGUCUGGCGUCAAGUCUUUGUCCAAGGGCGACUGGGUGAUCAUGAAGCGCACCGGCCAGGGCACGUGGCGGACGCAUGCACAGAUGGACGAGUCGCAGCUGAUUAAGGUGGAGGACAAGAACGGGUUGACGCCGCUGCAGGUCGGCACUGUCAGUGUCAACCCCGUCACCGCAUACCGCAUGAUCAAGGACUUUUGCGAUUGGGACUGGCUGCGCAGCGGCGAGGAGUGGCUCAUUCAGAAUGGUGCCAACAGCGGUGUGGGCCGAGCUGCCAUCCAGCUUGCCCGGGAAUGGGGCAUCAAAACCCUAAAUGUGAUCCGGGAACGAAGCAACCCCGAAGAGACUGAGGCGUUGAAGAAAGACCUGUUGGAUCUCGGUGCAACCGCCGUCGUGACCGAGUCAGAACUACUCUCGGCCGAUUUCAAGAAUAUCGUCCAUGAGCUGACCAACAAGGGCAAGGAGCCCAUCCGCUUGGGAUUGAACUGUGUGGGUGGGAAGAGUGCCACCGCACUCGCGAAGACCCUUGCGCCUGGAUCCCAUCUGGUUACCUAUGGUGCCAUGUCGAAGCAGCCCGUCUCGUUGCCAUCCGGGCUCUUGAUCUUCAAGAACCUCGUCUUUGACGGCUUCUGGGUCAGCAAAUGGGGCGAUAAGCAUCCGGAUAUGAAGGAGAGUACGAUCCGUGACGUCUUCCAGCUGAUCCGCGCAGGGAAAUUUAAAGACGUCCCUGUGCAGGAGGUCAAGUGGACCUGGGAUACAGAUGGUGCAAAGCUGGCGGAGGAAGUGCAAGGGACGCUCGGCGGUUUCCGAGCCGGCAAGGGCAUCUUUGUCUUCGAAAGCGACGAUUAA